AUGGCCUACGGAGGUGCCGGGGCGGGUCCACCGCCGACGGCGGGAGGGCCGUCGUCGAUAAGGCAGGUGAAGUUGGACAAAGAGUGCGAGCUCAGAAUCGAGGUUAGUGCGGAGACACCUUUGCGACUACGGCUUCUGAACGGCACUGCUGAGGUAUUUGGCACCGAAAUUGCUCCCGAAAUCUGGCUCACAUUUCCCCCCAGACUCAAAUUCGCUGUGUUUACAUGGUAUGGGGCAACAAUUGAAAUGGAUGGCACCACUGAAACUGAUUAUACAGCCGAUGAAACACCAAUGAUUAGCUAUGUAAAUGUGCAUGCUAUACUGGAAGCCCGUAGAAAUCGUGCCAAAGAAUCACCUAGUGAUUCUGAUUCUUCUCAGGUUAUUGAUAGGUGGGAAGUGCAAAAGCUAGCUUGUAGAGUAGGAAGCCAAUGGGAAAUGAUGUGGGAAAUAGAUGCAGGAAUUCAGCCAAAGAAACUAUUGCAAGCUGGGGCAUAUCUUACAAGGGGAUUGGGAAGACAAGGCUGGAAGGAACUUGAGAUCUCCCCUGAGAGAAGCAUGUGCCACUUGCUAGUAAUUGUUGUGGGACCUACAGAUUCCGGAAAGAGUACGUUGUCCAGAAUGCUUCUUAGUUGGGCAGCUAAACAAGCUUGGAAACCUACUUUUGUGGAUCUGGAUAUAGGCCAAGGAUCUAUAACUAUCCCUGGAUGUAUUGCUGCUACUCCUAUUGAAAUGCCAAUUGAUCCAGUGGAAGGAAUUCCUCUUGAAAUGCCUCUAGUUUUCUUCUAUGGGCAUACAACACCAAGUAUCCAAGUAUUAGUUGUAUUUCAGAACUGUUGCUUCACAGUGCCAAUGCAGACUUGCAUGGUCAUCAAUACCAUGGGAUGGAUAGAGGGUCUUGGUUAUGAGUUGCUUCUCCAUGCUAUUGAUACAUUCAAUGCAAAUGUCAUUCUUGUUUUGGGUCAGGAGAAACUUUGCAGUAUGCUAAAAGAUGUAUUGAAAAGAAAGCCUAAUGUUGAUGUUGUGAAACUGCAAAAAUCAGGCGGUGUUGUAUCCAGAAACGCAAAAGUUCGCCAAAAGGCCAGGAGUUACAGGAUAAGGGAAUAUUUCUAUGGCCUUGCAAAUGACCUUUCCCCACAUUCCAAUAUUGCAAAUUUCAGUGACUUGUCUGUGUAUAGAAUUGGUGGGGGACCUCAGGCCCCACGAUCUGCCCUGCCAAUUGGUGCAGAGCCUGCUGCAGAUCCCACAAGAUUGGUCCAUAAUGUUGCAGGGUUCAUCUACAUCACGGAUAUAGACAUUCAGAGGAAAAAAAUCACUUAUCUUGCACCGUCAGCUGGGGUACUCCCAAGCAGAUCCUUGAUCAUGGGAACUUUAACCUGGCUUGAGACCUGA